AUGACUAUAAAAAAACUACCAUUUGAAAUUCAGUCGCGAUUAAAUGCUGCAGCUAAAAUAAAUAACUAUAAAAAUGCUGUGGAAGAAUUGGUCUACAAUGCAAUUGAUGCUGAUGCUACUUCUAUUGCUAUUCGAAUUCAUAUUCAUGAAAGUUUCAUACAAGUAGUUGACAAUGGAUGUGGAAUUGAAAAAAGAGAUAUUCCUCUACUUGGACAGAGGUACACAAGUAGUAAAGUGGAUGAUAUCUCUAUGUUUAAAAGUGCUCCAAAUAAAUAUGGAUUUCAUGGAGAAGCACUUUCUAAUAUCAUUGAAGUGUCACACAAUGUUACAAUAACCACCAGGUAUGAAAAGACUAAAGAAACAUGGGUGAAAUUUUUCUACAACGGUCAGCACAAGGAUAGUUUUACAACUAUAAUGAGACCUUCUAAAGGAACAACUAUAGAAAUUAAAGGAUUUCUCUAUAAUCUGCAUAUUCAAGAAAAAGCUAUAAAUGCUCUAAGUGAACUAGAAAAUAUCAAGUUAUUUUUACAGCAACUGUCAUUGGUAAAAACAAAUGUUUCAAUAAGUUUACGAGAUAAUUCAAAGAAUGAAAUAAUUUUUAAAAUUCAAAAGAACAGAGAUAUUUAUCAAACUUUGUCUUCUUUGUUUGGAAUAAAUAAUAAUGAUUUUCAAGAGUUACAAGUUGAAAAAAAUAAUUAUAAGGCUAAAGCGUUUAUUGGGAAAAAAGAUGUAGAGUCAAAUUUACACAAAUGGUUAUAUUUAAAUGGAAUGUUUGUAUUUAAAAGUGGACUUCAUGAUAUAGUAAAUGCAGACUUUUCAAAAAGCAGCAGAUGUUCUGAAAUCAGGAAAGUGAAGAAUCAACCUGGAAAAGAAAUUCAUAGCAAAGCAAAAAAAAAUAUUCCCUUUUACUUUAUCUUUAUAUCUUGUCCACAUUUUGACUAUGAUAUCAGCUUUACGUCGAAAAAGACAAUCAUAGAAUUUAAAGAUUGGAACCAAAUAAAAAAGUUAAUGGAAAAGUUAGUCAAUGUCUAUAAUGGUGAUAUUAAUUUAAGAAAAACAGAAAGUAACCAAGCCAAUAAAAUAAAGAAACUAGAGAAUACCCGAGAAGAAGUCAAAAAUAUAAUGGAAAAGAUAUUGGGAAACAAAUCUAAAAAAAUAAUAAUUUCCCAAAUGCACAAAGGUGUUAAAGGUGAGUAUAAUCUUUUUAAGUAUUUUAAAGUAGUUCAAAGACAAGGCACAUACACUAAUAUAUUUUUAAUUAUAAUGUAUAAAGGUAAAACCAUAAGAAAGAAAAAUAACAUCAAAGUAAAUAGUGGCUAUAAGCGAACCAAAAACUCACAUACAAAGGAAGUUAAAUAUAAUGAAUCGGAAUUAGACUUGCAAAGUAACUCCAAGACACCUCAACUAAAAGAAAACACCCACAAAAAUGAACAUUCCCUAGUAGGUAAAUCAAGUAAAGCAGAAAGCUCUGAACAUUAUCCCUGCAAUAAAAAACCACAAGGGGUUAAAAAAAAGACACAGAAAACUUCUAAGGAUAAAUACAAAAAUAAAUAUAGACAUUAUGUUGACCCAUUGAUUAAAAAAUUUUAUGCAGAAACUGCUUCUGUGAAACAUAGAUGUAAUCUUUAUUCCGAAAAUAUAAAAGAGGCUCUUAUGAAAAAAAUCGGUCACGAAUUAGUAAACUGUACUAAUAGAAAAAGGAACAAUAAAGUCUUACAACUUGAAAAAAUAUAUAAUAUUGACCCCCAUGAGUACAGACCACUUUCACAAAGUUUUAAUAACAAUGAUGGUGUUAUACCCUUAAAUAAAGCAAAUAAACAGUAUUUACGAUCAUAUGAUUUAGUCAAAACUAUUUUAGGUAGCCAAAAACAAUACAACUGUCACAUAAGGCAGGAAAAUAAUAAAAAGGAAGACUUAUGUUUUAAUAAUUACAAAUCUAACAGUACAUACAAGUAUAGUUAUAAUACAGAGUCAAGAGUGUCUACCACAAUGCCAAAACUAACAUUUGAAAGCCAUACAUAUUAUAAAGACAACAGAGACAUAUUAAAAAAUAAUAAACAUUUACAACAGUAUACAAGUGACCAUUCGAAAGAUAAUUUUGAUCUUCCCAAUAAGAUUAUGCAAUCUAUAAUGAAUGCAAAUGCGAAAUCCAAGAAUAAAAUGUCAAAAAACCCUAAAUCUCAUUUCCAUUUUCAAUCUAGUUUGGCAAAUAAAAAACCGAAUAUUUUUAAAAAUCAUGCAAAUUCACUCAGAAAAGAUAUUUAUUAUACACGUGAGUCAUCUCAUAUAAUAGAGUUUUCAGAAACAAAUGAUAACAUGCAAAAAUUUCAUAAUGAGAACUUUAAUACUGUGUUUAAAAAUAACGCAUGCAUUGAUGGACGUAACUAUAAAGUUACUGGUAAUAUACAUGGAACUUAUACUGUAAUAGAUUCUAAUGUUUCACUAGAUAUUGAUAAUUACAUUAAAAAUAUUACUAAAAAUAGAAACGAAUAUCAAGAAACAGAUAUUUCUACUUAUCAUAAAGAUAUUGUGUUAAGUUCCAUACAUCAAUCCAGUGAUGAUCAUGGAAAUAAUUUAAAAGUUAUUUUCAUUUCAAAUUCUGAAAACUUAGAAUCACAGAAAACAUUAAAUAGAAAUAUUGAUCCUUUAUCUUUUUGCACAACUGUUUAUCAAAAUCUAGAUAUAAACAGGUCUGAAAUGGACGAUAAUUUCGAUAAACACAAAGAUGAGAUACUGUGUGAUACAGAGGCUCAUUUAAAUUAUCAUAAUAAGUCAUCAACUCUUCACAGUGUUGGUGAUUUACCUUAUAUAGAUAAUGAGAUGCAACAAAUAUCACACCAUUUUGCUAAUUUUAAUAAAGACAAGAAUUCAUACUGUAAUUUGAUUAAUAGCUGUUCAAUUAAUAAUGAGCAACAAAAUUGUGAAGGUCAAGAAGUAAAUAAUUUGAGUAAUCAAGAAAAAAAUCAAGAUGUUUGCAUUGAUAAUACACAAAACUGUAUUGCCUUUGUUGAUAAUAUAGAUAGCAAUAGAUGUAAUUAUUUUAAAUUACAAAAUAGACACAGCUUUUUACCUAAAGGAAUGUCGCCCAUAUUUGUGAACUGUCUUUCAAAAAAUGUUUGUUCAUACGAUUUACAAAUGGAUUAUUUCGAAGAUGAAUUAUAUCAUAAUUUCGCAGAAGAUGUAUUAGUCAAUUAUAAAACAUUUGAAAAUAGAGUACAAGAUACACGUGACAGUUAUACAAAAGAUGCUGCACGAAUAAAUAACAGAUUAAAAAAAGAUAAUCCAUGUCUUACAUUUAACACACUUUCACUCAAAAAUGCUAAGGUGUUCGGUCAAGUGGACAAUAAGUUCAUAGCAGCUGAAUUACCAAGUGACACUUGUAAGACAAUAAAAUAUCUAGUGUUGUUUGAUCAACAUGCAGUUCAUGAGAGAAUACGACUAGAGAAAAAUAUGUCAGAUUAUAUAAUUGGUGGUAAAUGGAUAAGUACCAAGUGUGAAGAUCUUUUUUUAAAACUCCCAAAGGAUAACAUAAUUUAUUUAAAUAACUAUAAAGAUAAAUUCACACAACUUGGAAUAAACUGGAAAGUUCAAAAUGAUUGUGAAAUAACAAUCAAUGCAGUACCUAAAGCUUUGUUUGGAAGGCACUUAAGACAGCCAGAAAUUAUAUUGGAUUCUGUCAGAAAUUUAAUUUUUGAGCAAAUUAAAGCGAUAAAAUUGCUCAGUGGCAACACAUUACUAUAUCCUAAAUCGAUUAUGGAACUUGUUUUUAGUGAGGCAUGCAGAUACGCAAUAAAAUUCGGCGAUAAAUUAUCCAAAAGAGAAUGUGUGACGCUUAUACAUUCUUUAUCUGACUGUAAAAUUCCAUUUCAAUGUGCUCAUGGAAGGCCUGUAAUGGCAGUGCUUUUGGAUUUAAAAACUUUUCACAGUGAAUAUAAGGUACUCUUUACACUUUGUAGAAAACGAUCUUCUUCCUAA